AUGAUCACCAAGGCCGGAGUCCCCUCUAAAAAGGUUAUUGUCGGUAUCUCCAGCUAUGGAAGGAGCUUCCACAUGGCCGAGCCCGGAUAUAAGGAGCCCAUGUGUCAGUUCACCGGAUCGUCGACAGAGUCAGAUGCUGCAAAGGGACCAUAUCCAGAUACACGCGGCUGUAUUGCUUCAGCCGAGAUUCGCCAGAUCCUGUUAGAUGGCCAGUACCCGGAGUGUAUAGGCUACUAUGUCGAGUCUUACCACGACGGCCCGUCCAACUCUGAUAUCCUAGUCUACAAUGACGAGGAAUGGGUUGCUUGGAUGACCGACACGACCAAAUCCACCCGAAUCUUAUGGGUUAAGGGUUUGAAUUUUGGCGGCGUGUCGGACUGGGCCGUCGACCUCAACAUAGACUACAGUGAUUCCGGUGUUGGCGAGACUGAGAAUAGGGACAUUAUCCUAUGCCACCUCAUAUAUAAAUUCGCGAGUCUUAAUAAGUUAGUGAUAGAUACUAAUAAAAUAAGGCCUAGAUAUAAGCCUAUCUACACCCUAUACAUCCUCAACAACAUACUAAACAAGUAG